GCGCGGCGCAACUGCGGCGGCUGGAGGAGCACCGCUACAACGCCGCCGGCGUGUCGCUGCUCGAGCCGCCGCUGCAGCUCUACUGGACCUGGCUGCUCCAGUGGAUCCCGCUGUGGAUGGCCCCCAAUUCCAUCACCCUCCUCGGGCUCGCCAUCAACCUGCUCACCACGCUCGUGCUCAUCUCCUACUGCCCCACGGCCACCGAGGAGGCACCAUACUGGACAUACCUUUUAUGUGCCCUGGGACUCUUUAUCUAUCAGUCACUGGAUGCUAUUGACGGGAAACAAGCCAGAAGAACAAAUUCUUGUUCUCCUUUAGGCGAACUCUUUGACCAUGGUUGUGACUCUCUUUCCACAGUAUUUAUGGCAGUUGGAGCUUCAAUUGCUGUUCGCUUAGGAACCCAUCCUGAUUGGUUGUUUUUCUGCUCAUUUAUUGGAAUGUUCAUGUUUUACUGUGCUCACUGGCAGACUUAUGUUUCAGGCGUGUUGCGAUUUGGCAAAGUGGAUGUAACUGAAAUUCAGGUAGCUUUAAUAAUCAUCUUUGUGUUGUCUACAUUUGGAGGAGCAACAAUGUGGGACUAUACGAUACCUGUUCUAGAAAUAAAAUGGAAGAUCUUUCCGGUUCUUGGAGUAGUGGGUGGAGCAAUAUUUUCCUGUUCACAUUAUUUCCAUGUUAUCCUCCAUGGUGGCGUUGGCAAGAAUGGAUCCACGAUAGCAGGCACUAGUGUCUUGUCACCUGGACUCCACAUAGGACUAAUUAUCAUACUGGCAAUAAUGAUCUACAAAAAGUCUGCAACUAAUGUGUUUGAAAAACAUCCUUGUCUUUAUACCCUAAUGUUUGGGUGUGUCUUUGCUAAAGUUGCACAAAAAUUGGUGGUAGCUCACAUGACCAAAAGUGAACUGUAUCUUCAAGACACGGUGUUUAUUGGGCCAGGUCUUUUAUUUUUAGACCAGUACUUUAGUAAUUUUGUAGAUGAAUAUGUUGUCCUAUGGAUAGCAAUGGUCAUAGCUUCAUUUGAUAUGAUGACAUACUUUAGUGCUUUGUGCCUGCAAAUUUCAAGACACCUUCAUUUAAAUAUCUUCAAGACUUCAUGUCAUCCAGCACCUGAACAGGUUCACAAGCAUAUUGACUAACAGCCCAAGGAGAAGAGGAGAAGCAGUUAGGGGAACCUAUGAGUGAAGGAAAUCCCCUUUUGCAGGAGGCUAGUAUACUAUCAAAUAAGGUUAUAUUUGAAUAUAAAACAUAAGUCCUGCAGAUUCCAUUAUGUUUAUCUCAGUUAUGAAGCCCUCCCUCAUUGUAUACCAACAUUUUUGAUCACAGGUGUUAUCAGAGUGAAAGUAUUAACAGUCUACAAAUUAAUUAGAAACAAGACCAAAGAAAGAAAUCUCAAUCCUGAGGAUAAGAAAGUGAACCAGUAUAGUCUAAACAGCAGCAAGCUCUUUGUCUCUGAGAAAUCUUUUAGGCAUUUGGAGUUUUCAUUGCCAAAUAGUUACGUACAAAUUCAGGACCUAAAGGGUUUUACAGCUAUUUUGAGAGUGAUACUUACUUUGAUUGCUAAAAAUUGAAAAGUGAGAUGAUAGUGUACUGCAUUAAGUGCAUAGUUUAUAAUACUAUAAUUACUGUGUCCGACAAUUUUAUAAGAUUAUUUUAAUAGCCAUUUUUCAAAAGAUGUAUGUUCCUAUGUUAUUAAAAAAUACUUAUUUUAGUAUACAAUUAGAAUUUAAAGGGCUAACUGGAAUUUUCUAUAAUUCGUAUUUAGUAACAGAAAUUUGUCUUACUAGUUCAGAAAAACGAAUCUACAAUUGAGGGUAACUUGUUCUUUGAUAAUCUGAGUUACACUUUCAUUGCCAUAAGACACUGAACAUUCUCUUACAAAAAAUAAAAGUUAAAGCAAAGUUGACAUAUAAGAAAAUUAGUAACUUAAAAAAACAUUGCAAAAUAUCUUCCUUUUAGAAUAUUGGCCAAAGUUACUUUUAAGUACACACUGACUCAUUUGAUAUGGUAAGGGAAUAAAAUAAGUAUCAGCUGUUGGACAACUAAGUACAUUAUGUACUAAUUCUUACCUUUCCACUCUCACUUAAAAUUAUUUAGAUUGCUGAUUAUGAAUACUAGAACUGUCACAAGGGUCUUUGUGAUCCAAAUCUUUAGACUUCCAUCUGACCCUGUUUUUAAUUUUAUCCAAUAGUUCUAUAGACCAUAUGCCAUAAUGAUGAAAUAAUCAGAAAAAUAGUAAGAGUAAUAACAUACUCUUAAGAAAAAGGCCUACUAAAUAAAUAGUAAAAAUUGAUAUUCCUUAAAAGGAAAAAUAUAUAUAUACUUAUAUGAGUUAAGUACACAGAGAACACUCUGGUUUGGAAUAGUUAUUUUGCCUCUCUAACUACUGGCAAAACUUCUCAAACAAGGACCUUCGUAGAAGCUUGAGUAGUUCUUAAGAUUUAUAUACCAACAUACGUUUUGGCUUAAAAGGAAGAUCCUUUACAAAAUGCAAAAAUUUAGGAAGUAAUCAUCUGUAUCCUCUGGGUCAAAUAUUUAUUAAUGGUGAAGGACUUACUUCUUCCUGUAUAACCAGUUACAAAAAGAGCAUCUGUAUGGACUUGUUUUUAAAAACAUAGAAAACUCUGAGAAGGGUGAGUUAUAGGGGUAAGUAUUAGAAUUUAAAACUUGCGGAAAAACAGGAGAAAGUCACUCCUCUCCUCCUAACGGGCAUAUUUUUUGUUUUGAAUGAAUUGAAAUCAAUCAAUUUCAGCAAAAAAUAAGUUUAACUGAAUUAUUUCAAACAAAUGUUGAAACAAUUUAAUAUUUAUUAGCUCAAAUGUUUCCAACUGAAGAUUUCAUGUUAUUCUGUUUAAAAAAAUACCCAUUUUAAAAAACAAGGUGUAAGAAUUAUUCAAGUUUGGAAAUGAAGAAAUGUAAAAUCAAAUUUCCAUAUAUUCACUGAAUACUAAGCUUGAAAAAGAAACCAUUCUGGGUAAUUUACCUUGAAGACAGAUGUGAAAUAUUUAAACCAAGUAAUUAAGUAGGUUAACGAAAUGCUGUUAAUUAUUGCUAAGGGCAGUGUGUCAUUUAAUUGUGGACUAAACUCAAUUAAAUGAUAUUUUGAUGUUUUGUAGAACUGACAUGUUCAUAAAUCUGUCUUAAAACUGAUUGAUAGUUACAUAUUUUGUCUUAGUGAUUUUUAGCAGUUUAAUUUAUUCCAGAAUACAAACUUUAUAAGUUACUGUUAAUAAAUUUUUUAAGUCAGUAGUAUAGAUUUUCUUCUGAACUCUUAUUUUCAUUAGAUUUUCAUUAGAAUUAGCUCUGUAACUUAAUGAGUAGAUACAAAAAGAUGUACAUAUAAAAUAUUUUGUACUCUUUUCCUUAAAGAAGAAAUACGUAAUCUUCCAUACUUGUGCUUUCUACCUUUUGGUGUACUGAUACAGAUACACUGAAGCCAAAACCUUAAAUUAAAUAAUCUUUAUUGCUAAAGUUAACUGACAGUAUUAGGGAUAAACAUUCACUAUGACUAUCAAAGAGCUGAAAGCUUGAUACAUGUAACUUUCGAAGUGCUGCUACUCAUAUAACUUAGAUUUUAUUUAGGGUUAACAGAAAGGGGGUCUUGCACUUGACAAACAAGCUAAUGAAUAACAAGAUGUUAUUACAACUAUAAAGAUGUUAUGUGCCCCUUAGCUAAUGUUAUAAUUGUAUCAUAUUACUUAGGUUCAAGUUCUUUCUUCAAAGAGUCAUCAGAAUAACAUGGACUGAAGAGACUUUCGAACACUUGCCAUCUCUUGCUGUUGCUGUUACAUGAAGAGAUAUUAAACAUUUGUUUAAUAUUAGUUAAGUGUUAUGUGUAUUUCAGCAAAUAAAAUAUUUCAAUGCCUAAAUUAA